CGUCCUUUUUCCUUGUGCGUUCAAUUCCUCUCCAGCCACUAUCCGUGCAACAUCGUCGACAUCGUCCAGCCAGGCAGGAGCAGUCAGUCAGUCAUACAAUCGAUACAUCUGCAGAGGCAGAGCCAGCAGGCAGUGUCUUUGUGUGUGUGACUGUGAUUUUUCCUUUCUUUCGUUGGAAAAGUUGGGAAAACUUGAAUCGUGGUUUUGAAUUUAAGGGUUUUCUCGUGCGCAAUUUUGGGAGUUUCCCACUUUUUGGGGACUUUUUAACUCCCCGUCUGGUGGAGGAGAAAAAAAAAGGAAAAGCCCAUUUUCCCCUCCUGCUGGAAGAAGAAGUGAAAGAACAAGCAAAAGUGGUUCACCAAAGUGUUGUAGAAGAAAAUUUAUCGAUUGGGUAUUUCUGUCUGCUGCGCGUUCGACGGUCCCGAUAGGAAAAGUGGGUAAAACCCUUACCUACACAGUCGUUGCAGGGAAAAUUGUUCGUGGAAGCAUGUGGUGAAUUAUCAAAAGUGCGUGUGCAAAAAAGAAGGAAAAACGACCUUGUCGGUGUACCUUUCGAGGCUUCUCCACCAGUGGGAAAAAAAACGAGAGAUUAAAAAUUAAAAGGAUUACUUUGAAGAAAAGCGCCUCCCGUGGAAAAUGAUCUCAUUUAUUGGUUCACUGAACGCCCACUCCAGAAGAAGCAGCAAUUCCACCCUCAUCAGCAGCAGCAGCGGUCGCGUUUGAUUGAGGAGGACCCGGAAGAAAAUCGAUAACCACGGAUUAUCGACUUGGGUGGCGGACAGACGGCAACGGUGACGCGUGUGAGGCCCAUACGUAACAAACCCUCAACCGUGCGCAAGCAAACGGCAGAGCAAAUAUUCGGAAGACGAAACUUCCUUACGAAAAGAAUAAAAAAGGGGAUCAACAUCACCUAGUCGAGAGGUUCAGGACAUCUCUUCGCCAGUACACAAUCUAACUACUCUGGUGUGACUCAGCGAGAGUACCUCCUAGUCGACCGCGGAGUCCUUUUUGCUUCUACGCUCUUCAUCCACUACUACUUCUUCUUCUUCUUCUUCGGUGUGUGACCUGUUUAUCCAGGGAAACCAGCCUUCAUGAUCGGAUCAUUUUGGAAUCUGUGUAGAGCGUGUCCUUCAAUGCCUGUAGAUAAGCUCCAUUCGGAAUAUAGAAGCACCUAUCGAUGGCACGAGUACACCGGGGGUCCCGAGGUCGUCCGCAAGCCACCUGUGCCAAACCAAUUCGCCAGCUCAAAGGCGGACUUUUUCUCUAAAUCAACGGAGGAUGAUAAGUUCAUCGAAGCUUCGAUCAACGAACCGCCCUUGCCGAGACGGAAAAAAUGUCCCGAGCUGGCCUACCGGUCACACGAGUUCAUGUCGAGCCGGGGCCAGGAGCACGCUGGCGGAACCGGUGGCGCCCAAGACAGGCCGGAUGCCGCAACGACUCACUCACGUGCAAGGUCUGAAGAGCGUGGAACACCUUCCCGUCGCAGUAAAUCGGAAGGACCGCCAGGUGUCGCUAACGGACGGCUUCCGACCGGAACCGGAAUCGCUAACGGAACGCACGAGCCGGUCUCGGUCGAGGGCGGCGGCAGAGUGCAGCAACAGGCGGGUGAGUCAAGUGGCCUAUUCAAAAAAACUAUUAGCAAAUUGAGCACAGAGUAUCGCCUGCAGUUCGUGUGGCCCCACGUGCGCAGGGCGAUCAAGGGGGCCGCCCCGGAUGGCGAGGAUUCGGCGGCGCCACACGAGCCGCCACCCCGCAAGUCCCUCUCGAUGGGUGCGAUCAAAGCCGCUCAGGCGGCCGCCACUAGCAGCCACGUGCCCACCGUGCACAAAAAACGAACCACGAACGAGCGAGAAGCAAACGCCCACGAACUGGAACCACUGGUGAACGACGUCGAAGCUGAAAGGCCGCAGCAUGAAAAACGUGACAUGGCCACCGUCGUCGAGCACAAGCUGAAGGCGUACCGGAGCGACAAGGAAAAGUUCGGCUUCGAGCCGGAACUGGACGCCGGUGGGGACGGGCGGGCCCACGCGGGCUCCGACAGCACCUGGUACAAGGAGGUGAUUGAGCUGCGGAAGAAGGCCGGCGAGUACAAGAGCCGAGGAUGGGGCGUAGAAAUGAAUCCGGAGCUGUUCAACAAGCAGCAGGAGCUGUGGGAACAGGUGUCCCGGAGGAGUUCGCUGAGCGCCCUCUCGUUGGCGUCCAGUGUCAGACCUAUUACCAAGGAGGAGAAGGAAAAAGAGAACAACAAGAAGAGUUCACCGACGAAGCCUCACGCUGGCGGUCGUGGAAAGUUCCCCGGCAGUGCACGACCCGUUGACAUGGGCCGCACUCUGCCAGAUGGGUUGGCCUUCUCUCGUAGCCGCAAGGACAACGUCCGGCACCACCUGGAGCGUACCACUGGCGUAGAGAUGGAGGAGGGAGCCCUGCUGCCGUCACCGACGCGGGAGAAGCUGAUGCCGGCCAUUCCGCGCUCCAAGGGAGACAGUCCGCAGCGAGGAAGUCCCCAGAAGACCGGGCUGUCCCGGCACGGAAGUCCUCAGAAGGGAAGCCCUCAGAAGAGUAGCCCCAAGAAGACGUCCAACAAAGACCUCUCCAUUUUAGGACGAUCACAGUCGGUUGGACCGACCGUAGCUAGCGACGGCAGCACAGUCGGAACCGUCGGCGGAGGUUCGCCGAAACGUCAGAUUCGCUCUGGUAGCACUGCCACUGCCUCAACCGCUUCGUCGGCGGCCAAAGCGCACAACAAGAAAACGCCGACGACUACGGCCACCACGCCAUCCUCCCAGCCGGAACGCCGACCCAGACCAACAACCCUAUCCACCACCACCAAUCAUUCCCGCUCAAAGAGCAACACUCUGCCCCAAAGCAGUGGCGCUCCCAGAGUGCACUCCGCUCCCCCAAGUAGACCCCAACCGGCGACCAACAACAACAACAACAACAUCAACAAUAACAACAACAUGAACAAUAACAGCAACGUUCAGAAUAAUAAUACCAAUAACAAUCAUCUUCCCAAUCAGACUCAGCAAACAUCAUCCACCACCGCCAAAACAAACCAAAAGCCCGACCAAGGCAAUAAUAACAAUUCCAUUCCCAACAAUAAUUACCACCCAUCACCACCCACUUCCGCCCCCUCCACCACCACCACUACUACCACUUCGCAACAUCCUUCACGCGCAAAGCUCACGCUCGGUUCCAAGAUUGGCUCACAUCCGCCUCCUCCGCCGAACCGGCCCCGAACGGCCUCGACCACGCGGGCAGCAGACCCUGGCCAGGCCAGUGCGGCGACGGGUCCGGGUUCGGCGUUGAAAAAGGCUGAACCACCCCGAAAACUGGCCGUCACUGGCCACGCCAGGCCCAAAUUGGGAACCAAACCAAACCAAGCCGCCGGAACCGAAGAGGACGCCGAAAAGGACAACUGCAUUUCGGUGUCCAGCGCCAGUCCGCUGCCGGCGCCGGAAAUCAACGAACAGAUCAUCAAGUCACCGCCAGAACCGACCCGCGUCAAAUCGCCGGAACAGAUCAUCAUGCGCUCGCCCGACCCGGUCAACUGGACCGUCCCGCUGGACACCGGCAAGACCUUCACCGUGACACAGAACGUGAGAGAAGGUGAGUGUCCGCCAGGUGAGGACGGGUCGCAGAUUCUUCCGGUGGCCGCGGCGGGUGAUCCUAUGAUGCGACCUCAUAGCGAAAUCAAAGCUUCAACCCCGGUGGAACCUCCACCAGCACCUCAAUCAGCACCGCCAGAGCUUGCCGAACAAUCGAAAAUGCCUAGCAGCAAACUCGAACCGGACUCCAUCAAAGAAUCUGAAGACGAAGAGGACGAAGACUUGCUAAAGUCAAAAUCCUCGGUCACCUCGUCGGCCAAUCCGGUAUCGGUGACCAUUCCGGCAGUGGGGCCAGCUUCGACUACUACAGCAUCAGCUGCACCUUCAGCAGCAGCAACAGCAGAAACUACAACGACCAAGGCUCCAGCCACAGCCGAACCAGCACAAAGCACUCCGGCUCCGGAAGUUCCCCGCUUCGAUAAACCGGUUCCUGGAUCGACCCUGCGCUGCCUGGACGACCCGACGUUCGAUACGGCGGACAUCAACUCGCCGGUAACGAACCGGAACGUUGCCUCGGACGUGCUGGACAAGGCCCGGGACCGGUUCGAUCGCUUCUGGGGCAACCCGGACGGUUCCAAGCCGGACGAGCCUUAAUUCGGAGAUACAUGGUCUGCUAUGAGCUUGUUUUAAAAUCUAAAGUCGUCGUGGUUUUUGUAGGGUAGUAUUCUCAAGCAUUCCUCUCCUUGGCCACUUGCUGUAGAGCACAGCCAAAGUUCUGAACAAAAAUCGCGCGGAUAGAUCAAUGGUUUUCAACACACUCUGCUUGCAAAGCCUGGAGUCCGUUCCCCCUUUCCCUAUAAUCUGAAAGAUCCAUUUGGCACAUUGAAAGGUUUGACGUCUUUUCUCUAGAAACAACAAAAUUUCAGCGAAACGAAGAAGUAAACCACUUGGACUAGAUAAGCUACACUCAAUACAUUUAUCAUAAACCAUCGUGACAGGGUAGACUUAGGAUGUUAAACUUAUACCUUUGAGCAUUAAGUUUUUUUUUUCCUGAUGAAGAAAACAAGAAACAAAACUAAAAAUCCUUGAAAAGGAUACCGUCAAGAUUUCUCUUACACUGCACAAGCAUGCACACCACACUAAGACAGGUAACGAACAACAGCAACAACUACAAAACUCACACUCUGUAUUGCAUCCAUACACCGACCUGCGUUCAUCUUGUUAUCUAAUGUUUAGAAACACACGGGUGGAGCAACAGCAGCAGCAUCAGGCAAUGAGGCGUUGUCUAGUGAAAUUUUUAAAAUCCAUCGUUAGCAAACCAUUCCUGUACGAUCUCGAAAAUAUAGAAAAUUAAAAAAUGAAAUAAUAAGAUCAUAACGAAUGCUGAACAGUACAGAAGAGCGAAAAUAUACGGGAAAUGAGCAAAGUUUUGAACAGAUGGCACGCACAUCAAAUGUCUUACUUGCUUGGAAGUCUUGAAUGCAACUUGUAAGCCACAUUGAGUGCAGAAUAUCUUUACAAUUUGAAUACAUAUUGAAAUGAAUUUAUCCAGUCCUGUCCAACAUUAGAACUCAAAUAAAGCAAAAAAAAAAAAAAAUUAAAAUUGUGACAUUUUUUUCUAUUAGACUGAUUCUGAACCCUUCCAAGAAGGCUCAAGUAACUUUAAAUAGAUUUUGUCAUUAAAAAGUUUGCAAAGAGUUAACUUGGACCCACUUCUUAAUUGCUGGAGGGGGGUUCUGUUUUAAGUGGAAGUGUAUCCAUUUCGGAGGAGAAAAUUAGGCGUAAAUAAGGACUUCGAUGGAAGUAGGUCUUCGCGUGUGUGUGUCAUCCCGAAGAACUCAAUAAAGCAAAUUAACGUGACCUAUUUUGCAGCAAACCCCUUUUCCGACGCCACUUAGAGCGUCUAACAAUUGGAGGAAAAGUGACACGGUCUUGUGUGAAUUAGUAUAUUGAAAGUUUUUUUUAAUUGUUCUUGUGUAAUGUUUACUUUUACUGUUUUCGUUAAUUAAACAACUAUGUUAAUUUCUUCUCUCUGAUCAAAAUUCUAUAUAAUUUAAAAUAGAUGGUGAAGCCACAGAGAUCAGAUAUACACCAUUGAACACACAGCAUUCAAAAACGUGUGUAAAAUUCAAACCAAAAUGUGUGCAUAUUUUGUCCGACUAGAUAGCGCCAAUUCCUAAAUCAUGACGGCCUACAGUAGCAGAACAUUGGACCAUCCAAUCACUGCACUACACAUUCCGUAUGAACGACACCAGACCAAUGUCUGACUAUCCUUCAUCAAAGGGUUGCAAUUUACGCGUGAAAGAAGGUAAACAAAACGAAAUCUGAGAUAACAUGUGUAAAGGGACUACUUAAAGCCGCUGAAAAAUAUUUUUUGAAUUAAUUUUCUGUUCUGUUUUCGUUAAAGUUUAUGCAUCAUUGCAUUUGUCAACAUGAAUUAUACUGUAGUGAAUUUUAUAUUUUAACGAGGUAAACAUUUAUUUUCUUUCGAAAAUUUUGAGCCAUUAUAUAUUGUUAAGUCAAAUAUUCUUGUAACUUCUCUGAUGCAAGUUUGUAUGUACAUCUGUUCAGUGUGGUGAAGCCAUCUGCAAUAAUGAUAAUUGUUAACCCUUUUUUCAGAUUUGCAGAUAUUUAAGAAUGUUUUCAAAUUAACACAAGACUGUUGUUACGAAAAAUUUCAAGUACACAUCACUGAAAUGAGAACACAUUACAGAUAGAUAUUUGUAACUCAAACUACAACAUCAUCCGUCUACAUUAUACAUCGCUUUUUGCCGAAAACUUUUUUGCAUUUCCAUUUUUUGCUUUGCAGCAUGGGGCUCGUCACACUUUUAUACAUUAUUGAAACAAUACACAAACGCAGGACAUUCACAGCAAAAAUAGAAUACAAAAACUUGACGAUUUGGCCCAAAUUAAAUCACCUUUUGGGUCGUCCUUGGCACAGGUUUAGAUAGGUCAGGAUUCCAACCAAUUACAGCUUAGAUUUCUACAACAAUUCUUGCAGAAAAGUAACGAAUGCAAAAGAAAUAACAUCCACCAAAACGCGAACCGUACAUUAAAUCACAGGAAAAAAGGUCUAGAGUAAACUGAAAAUGGCCCGUCCAUUUUUCGAGUGUCAUUUUUUGGGGCAACCACAUACAUCACAAAAACUUAGUUCCAAGUCUUACAGCAAAACGCCACAUUUACAAAAAAAAAGAGCAAGAUAAAAUACAUAUAAUACAAAUCAGUAAACCGCUUUUCGUCCUCGUUUAUAAGCGUGAGUUAGAAAAAAAAGCAAAACGUUUUCGAAAGCAGUUUUCCCCCCAGGUAAAACACGUGAAAAACGUGUAUAUUUUCCGGCAAACGUUUAGGAUUUUAGUGCAUAUUGUAGCGAAAAAUAUGUCUAGCAACACGCUUUUUGUGUGCGACGAUUUGUCCUUUUCGGUCCACCAAAAUGUAGAGAGAAAUUUGGUGAACAAAACAGAUAAACCGCGCCAGUUUAGCUUAUGCAGAAUAUUUUUUCAAAAUUGAUUUUAUAAACAGCUUUAAGCAUAUUUAAUUGUCAAAAAUUAAAAAAAAAUAUCAUCUUGACCUAACAAGCGUAAAUUUGACAUGUUACUUAAGGGUCGAGAUGUUAUAGUUUUUCGCUUUCAUUUGUUUUUGUUAUUUCUAUUUAAUAAAAUAUAUAUUAAUUUUAAAUUACUACUUGAACUCAUAAAACAUUACACCGUCAUCCAUAAAAGUUAAGGACAAAUCGUUAGUUAGAGAGGCUAAAUCUUGAGAAUAUUUAAGAUCAGAAAAAAAACGCUGAAAUAUAUCUGUAACCGGAAAUGGUGGAAUGAUCAGCAAUAGUGCUAAAAUCACUGCUAUAAAGUCACAAUGGGCUAACUCUCAUUGCACUUUCGCAUCCUCACAGCGAAUUAGCUGACAGAAUAAAUCAUUCCACAACUUGGGUCAAUAAAAGAAACACAUACCUACAAUUGUGCAAGAGAACAGGAUAUUUUAAAUACUCUCUAGAAAAAGGGACAAAAACGACUAUUUGAGGGAUUAUAUUCAAUGUGAGCAAUCCUAUUCAAUGGUUACAGAAGUAAACAAAAAAAAACAUUAUUUAAAGGAAAAAAACACACACACACAGCAUUUACAUGUUACUUAACGAAAAUUAAAACCAAGUAAGAAAAAAAAAACAAAUUUAACCUGUUGUUCGUCACUAGUAUUAAUAUUAUAUUGCAAAACCAGUCAAGAAAUGAAACUUGAGAGAAAAAGAAACACAUAACUUGCUUACAAAAACACGCAAAUAAAUGAACCUAGUUUUCGCUUUGUGAUAUUGGAGAGACAACUGUUUUGUUAAACUCGCGCAUUACGUAGCAGAAAUGAUGCAAAAUAUUACAAUUUUUAGGUAAGAAGAGGGGCGAGACUGUGAGAUUGCGAAUUGAGUGGAAAUCGAAAAGGGGCUAAAACAAAAAAAAACUACACACCUUGUUUACAACACUUGACACAGUUCAAAAUGAGUCAAGGGCAGAUCUGUUGGUUCAACUCUACUGAAAAAAUAACUAUUGAUUAGUUUUGUUACUGAAAGUAUCUUUACAAGUCUCGCAGGAUAAAUAAUUUAGUAAAACACUGUAUUCAUAAUCAAAACCAGUGCUUGAAAGACCUAUAAAAAAUGUUGCAGAGAACACGAGAAAAUUAUGCUUAUCCAAUGAUUUUGUUUCAAAUAUAUUUCCAACUUUUAUCAAGAGCCAAUUUUAUUUCAUCCCAUGCAAACAUAAUUUGAUCAAACCUAAACUUUUGUAAAAACAAUGUUUUGAAACCAUUCAGUAAAAUUGUAGUUGUGAGACGAAUGAGCAAGCAACCAAAGGAUAAGAGAUCUAGUUUGUGAUCGCAAAAAAAAUACAUUUUUAUGAGAUUUUAUAGACUUUUAUUACUAGUUGUACGAGAUUUGAUUCUAAUAGAAAGUUAAAACAAAUUGAUGAACCUGAACCCCACUAAAGUGAAUUGGCAUUCAUUUACUUUUCGAGUUUUUGAUUUUCCUUACGAGUAGGUACAAUGAUUUUAAAAGUGAACAAUAAAUUUGCAACUGCUCGGAAGCGCUAAAAGUAAGCAACGUAUUACAAACUGUAUCGAAGUGAAGGAUUAAGUGGAACGAUAACGAGUGAACUUUCGAAGAGUGGUGGAAGCAUGAUACGAACAUGAAGACGAGAGGAAAAACUCACAUUUAUUCUGGUAAUCAUUUUCAGUUACUUCAAUAAUUUAUAUACUAAACUAAACUACUUACUACAGAAGUAAAUCAUCGCGAGAAAACCAAAAAUCGCUGAAAUAAAAUAGAUUGGAAAAUCGAG